AUGCUGGAGACCUACAGCAACUUGGUGUCACUGAGUGAGUACAUUAACAAAGCUGAGGUGAUUGCGAAGUUAGAAGGAGCAGAACCAUGGGCAAUAGAAGAAUGCCAAAACCUUCUCAUUUCAGAUGUCCAGAUAGAUGAUGACCUCAUGGAGAGGAACCUAGAAACUCAUGGUAGAUGGUGGCAGCAAAUUGUAAUCACCAACAGCAACACAUCAGUUGAGGAGAGAGUUGUGUUAGGAAAAUGUUUUUAUUUGAAUUCACAUCAUGUUUUAAAUCUCAUUAUAAAUAAUGGGGACUAUUGUGGAAAGGGACAUGAAGAGUUUUACAUAUGUCAGAAUGCACUUCUUCCUAGAGAUCCAGAGAUGCCUGCUGCAGAGAAACCUGAUGACCAUCAUAUAACUGGAGAAUUUCCCAGACAUCAUGAGCAUCUUUGUCAGUAUCCCAAUAUUCAAACAGGGAAGCAGCCUUUAGAGUACAGUAGAAAAGGGAAAUCCUCCAACACAGAGGCAAUAGUAUUUACACAUAAAAAGGUUCAUAUGGAUGAGACCACUUAUAAGUACAAUGAAUAUGGGAAAGGCUGUGGUAAGACAGCUGUCAUUGCCGAAAAAAUAAAUCACGUAGCAAGGAAAACUGUUCAACAUACUAUAUGUGGGAAAAUGUUCUAUAAAACGCCCGAACUCACUAAACAUCAGUUUAUGCACACAGGAGAGAAACACCAUAAAUAUGCUGAAUGUAAGAAAUCUUUUAUUAAGAAAUUAUACCUUACCUCACAUCAGGGAACACCUACACAAGAAAAGCUUUAUGGUUGUAAUGAACAUGAGAUUUUUUGUCAGAAGUCAGAUCUUACAAUUAAUCAGAGAACUCACACAGGAGAAAUGUACUAUGGAAGUAUUAACUGUGGAAAGAGCUUCUGUGAGAAGUCACUCCUCAGCCAUCCUGAGAGAAUUCAUGCAGGUGAAAUACCAGAUAGAUGUAAUGAAUGUACAAAAUUUUUCUACCAUGAGUCUGCCCUCACUCUAUAUCAGACAAUUCACACACAUGAGAAACCAUAUGAAUGUAGAGAAUAUGGAGAAUCUUUUAACCAUAAGUCACACAUCACGCAUCAGAGACCUCACACAGGUGAGAAACCAUAUGAACAUCAAGAAUGUGGAAAAGCUUUUAGAGAAAUGUCAGACCUCUGCAGGCAUGAGGGAACUCACACAGGUGAGAAACCAUAUGAAUGCAAAGAAUGUGGAAAAGUUUUUAACCACAUGGGAGAGUUCAGCAGGCAUGAGAGAACACAUACAGGUGAGAAGCCAUAUGAAUGCAAAGAAUGUGGAAAAGCUUUUAGGCAAAAGUCAUGCCUCAGCAUUCAUCAGAGAACUCACACAGGUGAGAAACCAUAUGAAUGUAAAGACUGUGGAAAAGCUUUUAGCCAAAAGUCAAACCUCAGCAUUCAUCAGAGAACUCAGGGGGGGGGGGAACCAUAUGAAUGCAAAGAAUGUGGAAAAGCUUUUAGGCAAAAGUCAUGCCUCAGCAUUCAUCAGAGAACUCACACAGGUGAGAAACCAUAUGAAUGUAAAGACUGUGGAAAAGCUUUUAGCCAAAAGUCAAACCUCAGCAUUCAUCAGAGAACUCACACAGGCGAGAAACCAUAUGAAUGCAAAGAAUGUGGAAAAGCUUUUAGCCGCAAGUCAUACUUUCACAUUCAUCAGAGAACUCACACAGGUGAGAAGCCAUAUAAAUGUAAAGACUGUGGAAAAGCUUUUAGCCAAAAGCCAAACUUCAGCAUUCAUCAGAGAAUUCACAUGGGUGAGAAACCAUAUGAAUGCAAACAAUGUGGAAAAGCUUUUUACCACACAGAGGACUUCAGCAGGCAUGAGAGAACACAUACGGGUGAGAAACCAUAUGAAUGUAAAGAAUGUGGAAAAGCUUUCAGCCGAAAGUCACACUUCAGCAUUCACCAGAGAACUCACACAGGUAAAAAAAUAUAUGAAUGUAAAGACUGUGGAAAAGCUUUUAGCCACAAAGGAGACCUCAGCAGGCAUGAAAGAACACAUACAGGUGAGAAACCAUAUGAAUGCAAAGAAUGUGGAAAAGCUUUUAGUCAAAAGUCACACUUCAACAUUCACCAGAGAACUCACACAGGUGACAAACCAUAUGAGUGUAAAGACUGUGGAAAAGCUUUUAGCCAAAAGUCAUACUUGAGCAUUCAUCAGAGAGGUCACACAGGUGAGAAACCAUAUGAAUGUAAAGACUGUGGAAAAGCUUUUAACCACAAUGGAGACCUCAGCAGGCAUGAGAGAACUCAUACAGGUGAAAAACCAUAUGAAUGCAAAGAAUGUGGAAAAGCUUUUAGCCAAAAGUCAUAUUUCAGCAUACAUCAGAGAAGUCACACAAGUGAGAAACAAUAUGAAUGUAAAGACUGUGGAAAAGCUUUUAGGCAAAAGUCAUACCUGAGCAUUCAUCAGAGAAUUCACACAGGUGAGAAACCAUAUGAGUGUGAAGACUGUGGGAAAGCUUUUAACUACAAGGGAGACCUCAGGAGGCAUGAGAGAACACAUACAAGUGAGAAACCAUAUGAAUGUAAAGAAUGUGGAAAAGCUUUUAGGGAAAAGUCAUACCUCAGCAGUCAUCAGAAAAGUCACACAGGUGAGAAACCAUAUGCAUGCAAAGAAUGUGGAAAAGCUUUUAACCGAAAGUCAAACCUCACCAGUCAUCAGAAAAGUCACACAGGUGAGAAAGUAUACGAAUGUAAAGACUGUGGCAAAGGUUUUAGCCAGAAAGUAGACCUCAGCAUUCAUCAGAGAAAUCACACAGGUGAGAGACCAUAUGAAUGUAGAGAAUGUGGAAAAAGUUUUAACCGAAACUCAAACCUCAGCAGGCAUCAGAAAAGUCACACAGGUGAGAAACUGUAUGAACAUAAAGAAUGUGGAAAAGCUUUUAGCGAAAAGGCAGAACUCAGCAGGCAUGAGAGAACUCAUACAGGUGAGAAACUGUAUGAAGGCAAAGAAUGUGGAAAAGCUUUUAACCACAUGGGAGACCUCUGCAAGCAUGAGAUAACUCAUACAGUUGAGAAACCUUAUGAAUGUAAAGAAUGUGGAAGAGCUUUUUGGCAAAGGUCAUACUUCAACAUUCAUCAGAGAGCUCACACAGUUGAGAAACCAUAUUAAUGUGAAGGAU